UGGUAGCGAGGCGGCGCUUCGCUCCCGGGCGCCUGUCAGUCCGUCCGUCCGUCCCCGCGAGCGAGCAGGCGAGCGCCGCCGGCCGCGGAGAGGAGCGGAGAGGAACCGCUGCCGCCGCCGCCGCCGCCUCGAUGGCCGCGGGGCGCUGAAGAGCCGCGAAGCACCGGCCCCGCCAUGGCCGACCCGGCCCCCGCCCGCAGCCUCGACGACAUCGACCUCUCCGCCCUCAGGGAUCCUGCCGGCAUAUUUGAACUGGUAGAGGUGGUUGGCAAUGGGACGUACGGGCAGGUCUACAAGGGUCGCCAUGUCAAGACUGGGCAGUUGGCUGCUAUCAAAGUCAUGGAUGUCACUGAGGAUGAAGAAGAAGAGAUCAAGCAAGAGAUCAAUAUGCUGAAGAAGUAUUCGCACCAUCGGAACAUCGCCACCUACUAUGGGGCCUUCGUCAAGAAGAGCCCCCCUGGGAAUGAUGACCAACUGUGGCUUGUGAUGGAGUUCUGUGGGGCUGGCUCAGUGACGGAUCUGGUGAAGAACACCAAAGGCAAUGCUCUGAAGGAGGACUGCAUUGCCUACAUUUGCCGGGAGAUCCUCAGGGGGCUGGCCCACCUCCAUGCACACAAGGUGAUCCACCGAGACAUCAAGGGCCAGAAUGUGCUCCUCACUGAAAAUGCAGAAGUGAAGCUGGUUGACUUCGGGGUGAGCGCUCAGCUGGACCGCACAGUGGGCCGCCGGAACACGUUUAUCGGCACCCCUUACUGGAUGGCCCCGGAGGUGAUCGCUUGCGACGAGAACCCGGACGCCACCUAUGACUACAGGAGUGACAUCUGGUCCCUGGGGAUCACUGCUAUUGAGAUGGCCGAGGGAGCACCGCCCCUGUGCGACAUGCAUCCCAUGCGAGCUCUCUUCCUCAUCCCUCGCAAUCCUCCACCUAAGCUGAAAUCCAAGAAAUGGUCCAAGAAGUUCAUUGACUUCAUAGACAGCUGCCUGGUCAAGGCGUACACCAGCCGCCCCCCAACAGAGCAGCUCCUCAAGUUCCCCUUCAUCCGGGACCAGCCUACAGAGCGGCAAGUCCGCAUCCAGCUGAAAGACCACAUCGAUCGCACUCGCAAAAAAAGGGGAGAGAAAGAUGAAACGGAAUAUGAAUACAGUGGUAGCGAGGAAGAGGAUGAUGGGCGUGGCGAGGAAGGCGAGCCCAGCUCCAUCAUGAAUGUCCCAGGUGAGUCGACGCUACGGAGGGAGUUCCUUCGCCUGCAGCAGGAGAACAAGAGCAACUCGGAGGCCCAGAAGCAGCAGCAGCAGCAGCUGGCGGCCCAGCACCGCGACUCGGAGGCCCACAUCAAGCAGCUCCUGCACCAGCGCCAGCGGCGCAUCGAGGAGCAAAAGGAGGAGAGGCGGCGGGUCGAGGAGCAACAGCGCCGAGAGCGGGAGCAGCGGAAGCUGCAGGAGAAGGAGCAGCAGCGGCGGCUGGAGGACAUGCAAGUGAUGCGGCGGGAGGAGGAGCGCCGGCAAGCCGAGCGAGAGCAGGAGUAUAUCAGGCACAAGUUAGAGGAGGAGCAGAGGCAACUGGAGAUCUUGCAGCAGCAGCUCCUCCAGGAACAAGCCCUGCUGCUGGAGUACAAGCGGAAGCAGCUGGAGGAGCAGCGCCAGUCGGAGCGGCUCCAGCGCCAGCUGCAGCAGGAGCACGCCUACCUGAAGUCCCUGCAGCAGCAGCAGCAGCUUCAUCAGCAGCAGCAGCAGCAGGAGAAGAAGCCCCUGUACCACUACAACCGCAACGCCAACCCUGCUGACAAACCCACCUGGGCACGGGAGGUCGAAGAGCGGGCGCGCAUGAACAAGCAGAACUCUGCCUCCCCUAUGGCCAAGAGCAAGCCAGGGGGCGGGGGGCCUGAGUCCGUGCCCCCCUCCCGUUCCGAGUCGGCAUCGCUCAGCUCCUCCCCUGCCUCUCAGACCCCACCGAUGCAGCGCCCGGUGGAGCCCCAAGAGGGGCAGCACAAGAGCCAUCUCGCCCAUCGCGUCCCACUCAAACCAUACGCUGCCCCCGUCCCUCGCUCCCAGUCGCUGCAGGACCAGCCCAGCAAGAACGUGGCCGCUUUCCCUGUCCAUGACUCCACCUCCUCCGCCCCAUCCCCACCUCGAGCGGGCAUGAUCCGGCAGAACUCGGACCCCACUUCAGAGGGCCCUGCCCCACAGCCGUCCCGACCCACGGCGGAUCAGCGAGGACCACCCUGGGUCAAAAUGGACCCUGAGCCCCCUCCCAAGGUUCCCCAGCGGACAUCCUCUAUAGCAACAGCACUCAACACCAGCGGGGCAGUGAGUGGCAACAGCAGGCCAGUCCACGCUGUUCGAGCCAGACCCCGUAGCAAGUCCGCCUGGCAUAUCCACAUGCAGAGCCGGCUGGAGAGGGGUCCCAAGUGGGAUCCUUCACCAGCCCCUCCUCCCCCCCCGACUGCAGGCCGGACCCCACCCUGGGACCCACCGGCUGCCGGGCCAAACGCCAGUAGCAACCCAGAUCUUCGGAGGAGUGACCCUGGCUGGGAGCGCCCGGACAGUUCACUGCAGCCAGGGGGCGCUAACCUGCCCCAGGCGGGCUCCCUGGAGCGCAACCGUGUAGGAGCUCCCCUAAAGCUGGACAGCUCCCCAAUCGUGCCCAAGGCGGAUGACCAUCGUUCGAGGCCUGGCCGGCCAGCAAGCUAUAAGCGCGCAAUUGGCGAGAAUUUUGUGCUGCUCAGAGAACGGCCAGAGGAUGUGGCCCCGAAGCCCCUUAAGAAGGCCAUGGACUAUUCCUCCUCCAGUGAUGAAAUGGAUUCCAGCGAAGAGGAGGAGGAGGAGGCAGAGGAGGGAGAGCGCUCAGAGCCUGGCACGGACACCCCAGGGGCCAGGGACGGCGACACAGAUUCCGUGAGCACCAUGGUGGUGCAUGACGUGGAAGAGCUCACGGGAGGCGGCAGCGGAGGCUCUGAGAGCUCUUAUGGCGAGGGGACGAUGCUGGUACAGCGGACUCCCGAGGAGGAGCGGGGCCUUCUGCACGGCGACAGCAAUGGCUAUACCAACCUGCCAGACGUGGUCCAGCCCAGCCACUCGCCAACAGAAGCCAAGAGCAGCAGCAACAGCACCUGCUCACCCACCAAGGACCCUGCGACAGAUUAUCAGUCACGGGGCCUGGUGAAAGCCCCUGGGAAGAGCUCCUUCACCAUGUUUGUGGAUUUGGGCAUCUACCAGAGUUCGGGCGGAAGCGGAGACACGGUCCCCAUAACAGCAUUUGACCCAGGGAGACUGGAGCAGCUGCAGCUGGAAGCCCGGAAAGGCUCCGUGGUCAACGUGAACCCCACAAACACGCGGCCCCACAGCGACACACCUGAGAUCCGCAAGUACAAGAAACGCUUCAACUCGGAGAUUCUGUGCGCCGCCCUUUGGGGAGUCAACCUGCUGGUGGGGACUGAGAAUGGGCUGAUGCUCCUGGACCGAAGCGGGCAGGGCAAGGUGUACAGCCUCAUUAACCGCCGACGGUUCCAGCAGAUGGAUGUCUUGGAAGGGCUCAACCUGCUGACGACCAUCUCAGGGAAGAGGAACAAGCUACGUGUCUACUACCUCUCCUGGCUACGGAACAAAAUUUUGCACAAUGAUCCUGAAGUGGAGAAGAAGCAGGGCUGGACCACCGUGGGGGACAUGGAGGGCUGUGUUCACUACCGUGUGGUGAAGUACGAACGGAUCAAGUUCCUGGUCAUCGCGCUCAAGAACUCCGUGGAGGUCUAUGCCUGGGCCCCAAAGCCCUACCACAAAUUCAUGGCCUUCAAGUCUUUUGCCGACCUGCCUCACCGGCCGCUGCUAGUGGAGUUGACCGUGGAAGAGGGGCAGCGGCUGAAAGUGAUCUACGGGUCUUGUGCUGGUUUCCAUGCCAUAGACGUGGACUCCGGAAACAACUAUGACAUCUACAUCCCUGUGCAUAUCCAGUCGCAGAUCACCCCGCACGCCAUCAUCUUCCUGCCCAACGCCGAAGGGAUGGAGAUGCUCCUCUGCUAUGAAGACGAGGGGGUCUACGUCAACACCUACGGGCGUAUCAUCAAGGACGUCGUGCUGCAGUGGGGAGAGAUGCCCACCUCUGUCGCUUACAUCUGCUCCAAUCAGAUCAUGGGGUGGGGUGAGAAAGCCAUUGAGAUCCGCUCGGUGGAGACAGGGCACCUGGACGGUGUCUUCAUGCACAAGCGGGCCCAGCGCCUGAAGUUCCUGUGUGAGCGAAAUGACAAGGUCUUCUUUGCCUCUGUGCGCUCCGGAGGCAGCAGCCAGGUCUACUUCAUGACGUUGAACAGAAACUGCAUUAUGAACUGGUGAGGCAGGGGGGCCACAUCAACCCUCCCACCGCCUGUGCUGGAGAGAGCAGGAGACAGGAGGAGGAGGAAGAGGAUGGCAGAUGCCCCUCCCUGCUGAGCUCAUGACGACUGGAGCAGACCAAUCAGUGAAACCGAUGCCUUGACAAGCCCGCCCCUUGUCUGCCCUUGGGGAAGGGGCGAGUCCUCCUAAGCUCCACCCAAGAAAGGGGAGACAAUGGGAACUUCUGGGAGGGCAGUAUUAGGAAAGAGCCACUCUCUAGCCUCUCGUGGCCACCACGCAUGCAUGCGCGUGUGUGCACACACACCACAGUGCUGCUGCGUGGGUGGGUGGGAGGGGAGGCCAGUAGCCCUCCUGUCUCAAAUGCUGCAGCAGUUUCAGUGCCCAGGAAGGGGGGAGCCUCCGGUGUUCAAUGAGUCAGGCUGUGGGGAAAUCCCCCGCCCCAUCUUUCCAGUCGUUAAUAGGGAAGUGAGCUUGGCUUCGUGGAAGGGAUCAGAGCCCAGGCACCAUCUCCCUUGCCCCCCCCCCACUGUGACAUGCCCCAUCCAAUUCUGCCCUACUCCCCUUGCCAGCAGCGCUUGACUUGUGAGCACACAAGCACCCCCCCCCUCCUGUGGCAUGUAACCCCCCUUCCUGCCCCCUUGUUCUGCCUCUCGCACACUGGCGCUCACCUCCAUGUGGCUGAGAAUGGGGGGGGGGGGCUUUGCCUCACCCAAGUCACUGCAGGGUUUGGGGAACCCAUUGGGGGUGUUUUGCCACCCCAAAAGGCACAGGUUGUGUGUGGAUGUACACAAUUUCAGAGGAUUCUCUCUUCCCCUCGCUCACCCUGCAUGGGAGGAGCUAUGUAUAUUUUGCUUUAAUCAUUAUUUUCUAAUGGCAAUUAAUUAUUGACUAACAAAGCACUUUAAUGCACCCCCAAUCAGGGAGGUUGGUGGGGUUUACCCAAGGGGGAGGCCCAGCAGAGGACUUACCUUGGCAGAGGGGCCCCCACACCCUCCCCGGCUCCAGCCUCCCUCAGAAUCCUGCCUGGGGGUGGGUCCCACACUGUGGCAUUGGCUGAUCAGCUGGAAGGGGUGCAGGCUAAGAGGGAGGGCCUCUACAAGCACCCCCCCCCAGGUGAUUUGAUUUCUUGUGUAUUUUGCUUGCAUUUGUAUAUAACCCUCUGUCCUCAGCCCAGCCGAGGACCAACAGGAGCUGCCCCCCCCAGCCCUCCAGAGUGGCAGCCAGAUCUUAUCUGUUAAUAAAAGAGCCAAAUCUCCA